AUGGCAUUGCCAAAAUUCAUCGUGCUCAAAUCAAAAUUCAACAAUCAAUACCUCCGCUAUGUUCAAGAGGACUCACAAGUGCAUUCAUUCCUUCAAUUCUCUGGAGAGAAUGUUGUGAGUGCAUUCACAAAACUGGAAGUUGUGCCAGCCCAAACUGAAGGACUUGUGCACCUCAAAUGUAGUUACAACAACAGAUAUUUGGUGAGGUGGUCUCCAAAUCACUGGUGGCUAGUUGGUGCUGCUAAUGAACCAGAGGAAGAUCAAUCUAAAUGGUCUUGUACAUUGUUCAAGCCCAGCACUGUGGACAAUAAUCAACAAACUUUUCGAUUUUUGCACGUCCAGCUCGGCCACUAUGCAUGCUUGUGGAGGCUUGCCCCGCCUUUUGGAAACUGUUUGUUGGCAGAAUCUGCAUCUAUUGACAAAGAUUUCUCUGAUGUGUGCAUUGUGAUCGAUGUGGAAUCACUGUUUGUGUUGCCCAAAUAUGUUGGGUUCAAGACCGAAGAGCAUGGAAAAUAUCUGAGAGGCCAAACAAUUGAGAGAAAACCAUACCUACAGUUUGAGGCUAGUGAUAUAUCUGACCCUGCUGCAUGUCAUGAAGCUUCCUUCAUUAGUGACGGAAGCCUCCGUUUAAAGUCUAAUCAUUUCGACAAAUUGUGGAGACUUAGCUCAGGAUCUUGGAUAUUGGCUGAUGCAGAUGACACAUCAGCCAGUAAUGAAGAAACGUUGUUUUGGCCUACCAAAGUCCAUGAUGAUGUAGUCGCUCUUCGCAAGUUGGGCAACAACAAUUACUGCAAGAGGUUUACUGACACGAUAAGAUUAAGUUGCCUUAGAGCUGUUGACACUGAAAUUACCAAGUUCUCCCGGCUACAAGUUAAAGAGCUUGUUGUUUCAAGAAAAAUUUCCAAUGUUAAGUUUCACACUCGUGAUGCUCGAAUCUACGGCAAGAGUGUUGUCCCAGUAGCCACUGGAUCUACAACUAACAAAAACGAACAAAAAACAAAUGUACAAGUCAAUCUAUCAUAUGUAGAUGUCAAGAAUAGUUCUUGGAAUUCCACUUCCACAAUAAAGUUGGGUGUCCCAAUCACCAUCAACUCUCCAUUCGCGUUCCUUGUGGACGAAAGUGCAUUCGAAACAAUUAGAGAGUUUGAGGGAUCCUACAAGUGGGGAGAAAUUAAGGAAUCAACGAGAGAAGUAGAGAUUGCAUAUAUAGUGGAUACUCUGGAAGGAAAGAGCAAGGUGACAGUCACAUUGCUGGGAACAAGGGCUUCUGCUGAUAUUCCAUUUUCUUACACUCAGCAUGACAUUCUCAUGGAUGGAAAAACAGUUACUUACAAUAUGGACGAUGGUCUAUACACUUGCAGCGCUACUUUCAACUUGAAAUACGAGACCAAAAUAGAAAAGGUGUGA